AUCAUCAUCAUCAUCAUCAUCUCUCUCUCUCGAUUGCAAGCAAGCAAUACAGAAUUCUCUCUCUCUCUCUCUCUCUCUCUCUCUCUCUCUCGAUUGCAAGCAAGCAAUACAGAAUUGUCUCCCUCCCUCUCUCUCUCUCUCUCUCUCUCUCUCUCUCUCUCUCUAUAUAUAUAUAUAUGCAGGGGGGAAAAGGUAUGAGGACUGGCUUCUUCGCUUCGUCACCCUCCCACUCUUCCUACGCCUCGUCGCCUAUGCGAAGGUCGCCCUCCCCCUCUCCGUCGCCGGCAAGGAAGUUCUCGGAGACAAUUAUGGAGGAUAACAUUCGUGCGGCCGAGGCGGUUGUCAGGAAAUGGAGUGUUGAGGGGAGCAGCUCAGGAAGAUACAGCGGAAACGACUCGCUUUUCGGCGGAGACCGGAGGGAGGCGAAGGACUUCCUCAGGUCGGUGAAGGACUUGCAGACCACGAUGCAGUUCUAUGUUGCGGAGGAUUCGACCUCCGAGAAUCUAGUUCAGGCGCAGUGCUUGAUGCAAAUUGCGAUGAGGAGGCUGGAGAAGGAGUUCUAUCAGAUUUUGUCCAGGAAUCGGGAGUGUUUGGAUCCGGAGUCGGUUUCCAGUCGGUCAUCGCGAGCGUCGGGGAGGUCGAGCGUCUCGGAGUUUGAAGGCGAUAUGUCGGAGGAUGAUGAUCAGGCAGCUGGCGGUUCCGUCUCUGAAGUCGAGAGCCCCUCGGUGCUCGCGAUGGCAGAUCUGACAGAGAUUGCGAACACGAUGAUUUCGUCCGGCUACGGCAAAGAGUGCGUGAAGAUUUACAAAAUUAUCCGGAGAUCGAUUGUUGACGAGAGCUUGUACUAUCUAGGAGUCGAAAAGCUGAGUUUAUCGCAAAUUCAGAAAAUGGAUUGGGAUGCGAUCGAGCUGAGAAUCAAGAGCUGGUUGAACGCGGUGAAGGUCGCCGUGAAGACGCUUUUCCUCGGGGAGAGAACCCUCUGCGACCAUGUCUUCUCUACCGGUGGUAGAAUGGCGGAGUCAUGCUUUGCGGAGAUCGCCAGCGAAGGUGCCAUGACUCUGUUCGGAUUCCCCGAACUCGUGGCAAAGUACAAGAAAUUAUCUCCAGAAAAAAUGUUCCGCAUACUGGACCUAUACGAGGCAAUCUCAGACCUCUGGCCGGAGAUAGAGUCAAUCUUCUCAUUGGAAUCAGUCUCUGCUGUCAGAUCGCAGGCCAUCGCGUCUCUCCUCAAGCUCGGCGACGCUGUUCGUGCUAUGCUUUCAGACUUCGAGAUGGCAAUCCAGAAGGACACCUCCAAAUCUCCUGUUCCCGGAGGUGGCUUUCAUCCUCUGACGCGUUACGUCAUGAAUUAUGUCGUUUUCCUCUCUGAUUACAGCUGGAUACUCUCCGACAUAGUCGCAGAUUGGCCUCUCUCGGUAGAGUCGCCAGUGCUAGAAUCUUACUUCUCAAGCCCCGUCUCCGACGACAGUCCGACGACGGCGAUAUCAAUGCGCCUGGCCUGGCUCAUCCUCGUCCUCCUCUGCAAGCUCGAUGGCAAAGCCAAACUCUACAAAGACGUGCCACUAUCCUAUCUCUUCUUGAUGAACAAUCUGAACUACGUCAUUUCGAAGGUCCGCACGUCGAACCUAGUGCUGCUCUUAGGAGACGACUGGUUGGCCAAGCACGAGGAGAAGGUGAAACAGUACGCCUCGAACUACGAGCGAAUGGCCUGGAACAAGGUGAUCUCAUCGUUGCCAAAUUCGACCGAUGACAUUUCACCGGAAGCAGCGAGAAAGUGCUUCGGCCAAUUCAACUCCGCCUUCGACGAGGCGUACAGAAAACAAACCUCUUGGGUGGUACCCGACCCGAAACUCCGUGACGAGAUCAAGAUCUCACUCGCAAAAUUGAUAGGGCCAGCUUACAAGUCCUUUUACGAAAAAUACCAGGGGAUGCUUCGGUGGGAGAUAGGUUCUUCCGUCAGAUAUGUCCCUGACGAUCUGGGGAAUUACUUGUCGGACCUGUUCUAUGGGACCCUACAUUCCGGGAAUCUGUCAUCCUCAUCUUCUUUGUCAUCAUCGCCGUUGCGAACACAUCGAGGUUGAGCCAAUUGCCGGCCUAUGAACCUGUAACAAAAACGAUGAAGAACACAGGCAACUUGAAUUCAUAUAGUUGUUCAUAAGAAAUUAUAUCCAAGGACAAAGGGCCUUGUGUAGACAUAUUUGUCUGUCAUCUAGGCAGAUUCAUUAAUUCUUUCGAAUAAAUAAAAAUAUUCAUUUUUGAAUA